AUGAGGAUUAUUAUUGCCACAGAAAUAAACCAAUUUUUCAUUGAAGUAGGAACCCUAGAAACAGUUUUAGAAAUCAAAAGGAAAAUAGAACAAAUCCAUGCUAUUCCAGUGGCUUACCAAAUCCUAACAGUGUGUGGGUUUGAACUACUGGAUGGAUUAGACAUGGAAGAUUACCCAAUAGUCAGUGAAGGCACAAAAAUUGACCUCACCAUCAAGCCAAUGGAGCCACAUAUCAUUCACCAUCCUAACAAAAUGCAAAUCACAGUAAAAUUCUCAGCUAGACUGAUUAACAUAGAGGUGGAUAAGACAGAUACUGUCCAUAGCUUGAAGGAAAAAAUUCACAUCAUUGAUAACACCCCCAUCAAAUCAAUGAAGCUUUUCUUUUUGGGGAGGGAACUGAAUGAAGAUUUCCGAAACCUAAAUGAAUAUGGUAUUCGUGAAUUUUCUGAAAUUAUUGUGUUCCUCAAGACCACAAACCGGACAAAAGAACCACCAACUAGAAAGCUGAGCUUUGUGCUACAAACUUCCUCUAGUUUGCUUAAUGCAGCCACCAUUCCAUUGGAGAUGAAAGAUACAAGCACGGUUAAUGACUUGAAGCAGUUGCUGCUGAGCAGAAAAAUUCUGCCAGUUGAUGAUUAUUUGUUUAUUCAUAGGCAGAGGAUCAUGCGUGAUAGUUGUAGCCUUAGGUGGCAUGGAGUUGAAAAUGGAGACCAGCUCUAUGUGUUUAAAGGGACGGUUAGUCGCAGUGGGUAUGUCUGA